ACGUUGACCGGGAAGAUCUUAUGAUCUCAGUCGAAGCAAAAUAAUCAAAAUUCGAAACCCUUAUUAAUUCCCAAUUUGCAACAGAGAUCAAAAACUUCACUUCAUAUGUUGAUUUGAUCCAACCCUAAAUCAAGAAAAUGGGAAGAUGGUCUUGUGAUUUCAGAUAUCUUCUCAUACUCGUUGCAGUUGCAUUUAUUUAUACACAGGUGAAGCUGUUUUCUACACAAUCCGAGUAUGCUGAUAGAGUUGCAGAUGCUGUGGAAGCCGAAAAUCAUUGCAGGAGUCAAAUGCGGUUACUAAUCGAACAAAUAGGCACACAUCAGGAAAAUAUUGUGGGUUUGGAAGAGAAAGUAAAACGCCAAGAACAGGAGUGUGAACGAUUGAGGGCAGUUGUUCAAGAUCUUGAAAAGAAAGGUGUUAGAAGUUUGAUACAGGAUGCACAGGUGCCAGUGGCAGCUGUUGUGAUUAUGGCUUGCAACCGUGCUGAUUAUCUUGAAAGGACCAUUAAUUCUAUCUUAAAAUAUCAUAGUUCUGUUGCAGUGAAAUUUCCGAUUUUUGUGUCACAGGACGGGUCAAAUGCGGAUGUUAGAACAAAGGCUAUGGGAUAUGAUCAGCUGACCUACAUGCAGCACUUGGAUUAUGAACCUGUUGUUACUGAGAGGCCUGGGGAGUUAAUUGCGUAUUACAAGAUAGCGCGUCACUACAAGUGGGCACUCGAUCAGUUGUUUUACAAACAUAAUUUUGAUCGGGUCAUCAUACUUGAAGAUGAUAUGGAAAUCGCUCCUGAUUUUUUUGAUUACUUUGAGGCUGGAGCCGAUCUACUUGAUAAAGAUAAGUCAAUCAUGGCCAUCUCCUCAUGGAACGACAACGGGCAAAAACAAUUUGUGCGCGAUCCAUAUACUUUAUAUCGGUCAGAUUUUUUCCCUGGUCUGGGAUGGAUGCUAACUAAACCUACAUGGGAUGAGCUUUCUCCAAAGUGGCCAAAAGCUUACUGGGAUGACUGGUUAAGAUUAAAGGAGAAUCACAAAGGGCGACAGUUUAUUCGUCCCGAAGUAUGCAGAACUUACAAUUUUGGGGAGCAUGGUUCGAGUUUAGGACAGUUCUUCCAACAAUAUCUUAAACCUAUCAAACUGAACGAUGUUCAGGUUGAUUGGAAGUCGAUCGACUUGAGCUACCUAAUGGAGGAUAAGUUUGUGAAGCAUUUUGCUGAUCUCUUGAAAAAUACAAAGCCUCUAUUUGGAAACGAUCUUGUUUUGAAGACAAAUAAUGUAAAUGGAGACGUGCGUAUACAUUAUACAGAUCAAUCACAUUUUGAAAACAUUGCACGCCAAUUUGGCAUUUUUGAAGAGUGGAAGGAUGGUGUACCAAGGACUGCAUAUAAGGGCAUCGUUGUUUUCCGUUACCAAACCUCAAAGCGUGUAUUUCUUGUUGGACCAAAUUCGCUUCAACAGUUGGGAAUCCAAAACUCCUGAAACAUGCACAUUUUUCAAGUCUUUACGGUACCAAAUUGUUUUUCAUCUAAGAAUUAGGUAGAUAUAUUUUGUGAUUAUUCUAUUUCAUAUGACAAACUACGGAAAUUUCCACAUAGGCACAAGAGAUAUGAUACAGUCAUCAAACAUUCUUGAAUCUAAUUGAGAUUAAACCAAAAUGUCUUUAUCUUUGUGGUGCUAACCUUGUAGUAUAGUCUUCUUUCAUGCUGCUCAAACCUAAAACAUGUUCGAAUUAAGCUUCCACUGAUUUUCUGCCUUUAAACCCCUUGAGGGUCACCGCAUUCUGAUCUCAUUGGUUAGCAAGGUAUUGGGCGGAUGUCGUGGGUUUAUUACCAGUAAUUUAUUCUUACGGUCA